GUGCAUCAUCAGAAUUUACCGUGUAGAUAAUUGUGCGGUUUGAAAUAAUUAUUAUUCUUUUUAUUUUUUCCAUUCCUAUAAUCUUGCGCAGCAGAUGUUUCUGUGCCGAAAUCACAAAACUUACGCGGUCGGCGUGAUAGCUAGUUCGUUGCACCGUUUGUCGUCGGUUUAUAAAUCUCGAAACGUCGCGUCACUAGUGGGAUCCUAUUUCUCAUCCGUUCAACCGAUUGUCAGCAACCGAUCAGCAGAAUCAACAAGUUUGACCCGACGAAAAAUGUCGAGCGAUACGCACAAUAAAUUUGACCUUCCCAAGCGCUAUCAAGGAAGCACCAAAAGUGUUUGGGUGGAAUAUAUUCAACUUGCUCUGCAAUAUAAACCUUUGAAUCUUGGCCAAGGAUUUCCUGAUUAUCACGCACCAAAAUAUGCUACAGACGCACUGGCUGCAGCUGCCAAUAGCAGUGAUCCUUUAGCCAACCAAUACACCAGAGGUUUUGGCCAUCCUCGACUCGUUCAAGCUCUGAGUACUUUGUACUCCCAGCUUGUUGAUCGGAUCAUUAAUCCUAUGACGGAAAUCCUAGUGACUGUUGGUGCCUAUGAAGCCUUGUAUGCCACGAUCCAAGGUCACGUGGAUGAAGGCGAUGAAGUCAUCAUCAUCGAACCAUUUUUCGAUUGCUAUGAACCGAUGGUGAAAGCAGCCGGUGGAAUUCCUAGAUUUAUCCCUCUCAAGCCGCGCAUAACCGGAGCCUCUUCCAUUUCGUCUGCCGAUUGGGUUCUGGACAAUACUGAACUUGAGUCGCUUUUCAACGCCAAAACGAAAAUGAUUAUCGUCAAUACACCGCAUAAUCCUCUCGGAAAGGUCAUGAGCCGAGAGGAGCUAGAAACGAUUGCCAAUCUAUGCUGUAAGUGGAACGUGCUUUGCGUUUCGGACGAAGUUUAUGAGCAUAUGGUGUUUGCGCCAUUCGAGCAUAUACGCAUUUGCACACUGCCAGACAUGUGGGAACGCACUAUUACUAUCGGAUCAGCAGGAAAAACUUUCUCCCUCACUGGCUGGAAGAUCGGAUGGGCCUAUGGGCCAGAAAAUCUACUGAAAAACCUUCAAAUGGUUCACCAGAACUGCGUUUACACUUGCGCUACCCCAAUCCAGGAGGCAAUAGCUGUCGGAUUUGAGACGGAGCUGAAGCGUUUGAAUAGUCCCGAUUGCUAUUUCAACAGUAUCUCCGGAGAAUUGAUGGCCAAACGAGACUACAUGGCUAAGUUCCUAUUGGAUGUCGGUAUGUGUCCAACUGUGCCUCAAGGCGGCUAUUUUAUGGUCGCCAAUUGGUCUUCCUUGGAGGAUAAGGUCGAUUUGUCUGGCGAGACUGAUCCCAGGAAGGAUUAUCGCUUCACUAAAUGGAUGACGAAAUCCAUCGGUUUGCAGGGUAUUCCUCCAUCUGCGUUUUACAGCGAACCUAACAAACAUCUGGGAGAAGAUUUCGUAAGAUAUUGCUUUUUCAAAAAGGACGAAAAUUUGGAAAAAGCUGCAAAAAUAUUAAACGAUUGGAAAAAUUGCUAAUUUGUCUUAAGGCAUGGAGGUGUGCAUUUUUUCUCAAUAUCUAGAUAGAUUGGGAAGUAAAACAAAGAAUCAAAAAAAUAGAAAUAAAAAUAAACAAAGUGGUGUUUAAU